AUGAAUGGCGAUACAUUCUAUGAAUGGUUUGUACGAAUUCUUCCACUAUUAAAAGAAAACGCCGUCAUAGUGAUGGAUAAUGCUUCGUAUCACUCCGUAAAGAAAUGCAAAAUACCAACUAUGUCUUGGAAAAAAAAAGAUAUUAUCGAUUGGCUUGAAAUGAAAGGUGAAAUCGUUAACCAUCCAAUAGUCAAAAAUGAUUUAAUAAUAAGAGUUAAAAAAAUAAAAAACCAAUACGACAAGUACGUAAUAGACGAGUACGCAAAAGACAAUGGCAAAAUCGUAUUGCGAUUACCCCCAUACCACUGCGAGCUAAACCCUAUCGAGCUCGCGUGGUCUUCUGUAAAAAGCUAUGUCCGGACACAUAAUAAUACGUUUAAAAUAAAGGAUGUACUGGAGUUAUUAAAAAAAGGCGUGGAACAUGUGACAGCGGAAAUGUGGACGAAUUUUGUGGGACAUGUCGUCAAGGAGGAAGAAAAGUUUUUGAACAUUGAACAUAUAACAGAUGAAGUAUUUGACGAACUUCCCGAAGCAGAAGGACGUCAUAUCAUGACGAUAACAGUGGGCCCAACCCAGGGGGUUUUAAUGGGCUGGACCCAGUACUUCAAACCCUGCAUGUGA